GGAGGAUGUUGCUGCGCGCGCAGCCCCGACAGGCGGCAAGGGUCACUUUCGAGGGAGCGACGCGCGCGCCCUCCCUCGCUUUGACCUCUGCCUCUUUUUUUUUUUUAAAUUGGUCUUAUCCUCGCGAGACUCAGACUAUAAACGAAGAAAACAUUACGUGGACCAUAAUCCUACGGAACUUUGGAAGCCAACUCAAUGGCAUCCUCUACUGCUGUACCUGUAGGUUUUCAUUAUGAAACAAAAUAUGUUGUCCUCAGUUAUUUGGGUCUCUUGUCACAGGAAAAGCCUCAGGAACAGCCCUCUCUGUCUACUCAAGAUCCAUCUACGUUCUCACAAGCUGUAGAAAAAGAGGUCUUGGAGAAAGUUAAAGCCGAAAUUGAGGAAGAAUUGAAACAUCUUGAUGAAGAAAUAUUGGAAGCUUUCACUACAACUGGCUUUGACUGCCACACAUCUCCAGUAUUUAGUCCUGCAAACCCAGAGACUUCAAUUGAAGACUGCUUAGCUCAUCUCGGAGAGAAAGUAUUCCAAGAAUUGAAAGAACCCAUUGAAAAGGCAUUAGAGAUCCUACUUAGCAAACCAGUGAAUUAUCAGGAAUAUAAAGAGAGGACGCAGGAAGCAGCAAAUCAUGCUAGUGGAUGGAGCAAGGUUUUAGUUCCCCUGGUGAUUCUUCAGAGGUUCUUGGUAGAGCUGUCCAGACAGGGCCAAGAACCACUUGGUGCACUUCUGAACUUUGGAGUGACCUACCUUGAAGAUUAUGUUGCAGAUUACAUCAUCCAGCAAGGUGGAUGGGGAACUGUUUUUAGUUUGGAUUCUGAAGAGGAAGAGUUCCAUGGAAUCAUUGCUGAAGACAGCAAUGACAUCUACAUCCUAACUAGUGACAACUCAGGCCAGGUGAGCCCACCUGAGUCACCCACAGUAACAACAUCUUGGCAGUCGGAGAGCUUACCUGUUUCCUUGUCAGCCAGCCAGAGCUGGCACACAGAGAGCUUGCCAGUUUCGUUGGGGCCCGAAUCGUGGCAGCAAGUAGCUAUGGAUCCUGAAGAAGUGAAAAGCUUGGACAGCAAUGGAGGUGGUGAAGAAAGGAGUGAAAACAACUCUUCAAAUUCAGAUAUUGUACAUGUUGAAAAGGAAGAGAUACAAGAGAGUGUUGAGGAGGCAGCAGUGUCAGAAGUGGGCCUGCAAGCAAGUGCUAAAAAAUUGAGCUUGCCGGAAGUUCCAGCUGCAUUGCUGAAAACGGAGUCAGAGGCUGAAAGCUUGUUGAUUAAAAGACUAAGCCCUUCUGCACCUUUGCCCACUGAGGGUCACAAAGAGGGGAGCGUAGUGGAAUAUCCUGAUCCUGAACCUUUGAUGUUGAGUAAAACUGCCAAACAACUAACUCCUUCAAGUGAAAAGGAAUCCCCCAAGCCUGAGAAAAUACAGCUACCAGAAGAAGAAGCAAAAUUACCGAGAGAGAGCUAUUCUGAAGAGAAGUCCCCUGAUGGAGAGGAGAAACCCAUUCUUUUGCCAGAAGGCAAAUCACUUCUGCUCUACGGUGGGGCUGCUGCAGUAGCUAUCCUGGCUGUUGCCGUAGGUGUAGUGCUGACGCUGAGGAAGAAGUAGUCAACUCUUCUAUUCAGAGAUACUGCCUGAAUUAGUUGCAUUGACUAAGGUUUGCUAUGCCUCCUGUUAAAUGAGAAAUCCGUGUAACGUGACAGGAAGAUGGGGCAUGAGUUUACUGCUAAUUCUAGGACAAUCAUGUUUUUUAGUGGCCUGGGACUGCAUCUUCCUCUUUAAUUAUAGGGGUAAUAUUGGAACUCCCUUACACAUUUAAGUAUCUCAAUAUAUCUGAAAAAAAUGGGGUGUGGUGUGUGGGGGAUGUUGCUUAUACACUGGAAAUUGGAUCAGGAAAUCCCAGGGCAAUGGAAAAGUUAAUGGUUAACCCUGGAAAAUUCCUUUAUGUAGCUGCUAUUGCAGCUUCUUUGUUCGCCUCCACCUCUUGAAUGAGAGGUUUUCUAAUCAUGUAGCAUGAGGCUACUUCGUACCCCUUUGUCUCAGCUUCCUCAGGUACUACAUUGCUCCCAAAUUUUUUGAUUAAACUGCUAAAGCUAUGAAAUGAAAGCCUUCUGUGUAAGGAUGAAAGUAUAAUGCAUUUUGGAGAAAGGUAAUGGUUUUUUUCCCUCAUUGUACAUUAAGCAUUUUGGUGAUCUGCUGUUGUUAUGUCUCUGUCCCUAUCCCCUCAUUCAUCCAGCUUUAUUGUGUCAGUUUAGUUAUCAAAGAUACACUCCUUUCAUGUAAGUACCUAUCACCAUUUUGAUGAAUGCAAAAAAAAAAGAAAAUAUUUCCAUGUAAUAAGCAAAAAAGUACAAGGUCAAGAGUUGAAUACUUUAUAGCAGUGGUGGGGUGCUAGCGGUUCGGGCAAAUUGGUAGCUGCAGUGGCAGGAGGCUCUGCCCACCCACCCGGACAUCUGUGCACAUGCGCAUAAACCUCUGCACAUGUGCAGAAGGGUCACACGCAAGCAAAACAGUAGUGGCCGAAAUUGAAACCCACUACUGCUGUAUAGGUAGUCCUUGACCUGACAACCAUUUCUUUAGUGACUGUUCAAAGUUACAAUAUACUGGGAAAAGUUACUUAUGACCAUUUUUUCACAGUUCCGACCAUUGCAGCAUCCCCAGGGUCAUAUGAUAAAAAUUUGGGUGCUUGGCAGCUAGCAUGUAUUAUGACGGUUGCAGUGUCCUAGGGUCAUGUGAUCACCUUUUGCGACCUUCUGACAAGCAAAGUCAAUGGGGAAGCAAGAUUCAUUUAGCAACAAUUUACUAACCUAAGAACUGCAGUGAUUUAUUUAACAACUGUGGCAAGAAAGGUCAUAAAAUGGGGCAAAACUCGUGUUUUGCUUAGCAUCAUAAAUUUUGGGCUCAGUUACGGUCGUAUGUUGAGUACUACUUCUACAGAUUUAAUUCAAAAAUUGUUUUUCAAAAUGCAUGAAGUAUAAAUAGACUUGUCUGCAACUCUUUUAAAGCACUUGUGCUUUAAAGCAAUAUGGAUGAUUGCCCUCUAUAUUUGCUAUUUCUCAGAAAAAGAUAAGUUGCUUUAGAAAGUUGAAAACAGGUGCUGUGAUGCACUUCUGCAAGUUCCAAAACCACUUUUUGCAUCUAAACUUGAAGCACUAUGGCCCUAUGAAAUUCCAGUAUUUAAUAGAUUAAAAUCUGAUUACUUAUAGAUUAAAUCUAAUUUGUUAAUUCAGUUGCAAGAUUGGAACACUUAGUUUACUUUUUUCGUUAUAAUGAAUUCAAAAUCUUCAAGGAAAUGACUCGGCAGUUAACUGAAAUAGCAUUUGUCUCAAAGAUGCUUUUUUCAAAAAGCAACUGGACUUUGUUAUUUUUUUCCUUGAAAAUGUUUUGCUUCAUCCAAACUUCUUCAGUUCUUGGAUGAGAAGCAAAACAUUUUCAAGGAAAAAAACCAAGGAAGUCCAGCUGCCUUUUGGAAAUCACCUUUGGGGCAACCAUGACCUGGAUGAUUGAGAAUGUCCAUAGACAUGAAAUAGCAUUUGUUUCCAAUUUCCAGUUUCCUGGCCACUGGAGGAAAAAUUAUUUGAAAUCAUGUCUUGUAUAGCUCAUGUAACUUUUCAGGUAACUUCUUUCUAUGUGUAGACAAUUCCUUUUUAUUCCAUCAGCUAUAAUUGGGCCCAGGAAAAAAUAAAAUUGAUCAUUUAUGUCAAAUUGUUAUUUUGUGUGUGUUGGAAAGCUCUGAUGGUGACAUUGUCAUCAGUAACAUAAGUUUCACAGGUUUUUACUUGAACAAUAACAUGGCAGCAGCCGCUUUUUUACAUAUUUUGGAGAUGAGCUACAAUUUUCCCUUUCCCUGUCCAUUAAACCUACUAGUAAAAAAAUCAAAUUUGAUGAUAGAGUUGGGAGUGUUUUAGUUACAUCCCAUCAAUAUGCAUGUAUGAGAGGCUACACCUAAACAUUUGUGUUCACAUGCUAUAGGACACUUGGUGUAAUAUAUAAGUAUUUACAGGGAAGUCUUGUUUAAAUAUACUUGCACUUUUCCAUAGUACUCUUUAUUAUGCAUUUUUCAGAAUGAAGUGCCUCAGUAUGUUCCAAUGGGGUUUAACUGCCCCCUUUGUUUUCUGCCCCAAAAUAAAAAAAAUCUGGCUGUAACCACAAGUUACUUUUUUUAAUGGAUUUGUGUGGGGGGAGAGGAAACUGAUAUUGGACAUAUUGAAUAAUUGUGUUCUGAUACAAGCAUUGUCGCUAAAAGAUUGUUAUAGAUUUCAGCUGCAGCUUAUCCUCUAUCUUCAUCCUCUGAAAUAAACUUACACAGAUUUCUACAGUAAAUUACGGAGGAAAUACAGGUAGUCCUCAACUUACAGUAGUUCAUUUAGUGACUGUUUAGUGACAACAGCGCUGAAAAAAAGUGACGUAUGACCAUUUUUCACAUUAUGACUGUUGGAGCACCCCCGUGGUCACAUGGUCAAAAUCCAGACACUUGGAGACUGACUCAUAUUUAUGACGGUUGCAGUACCCUGGGAUCAUGCAAUGAUGGACCUUUUGAGACCUGACAAAGCAAAGUCAAUGCGGAAGUCAGAUUCACUUAACAACCAGGUUACUUGACUGCAGUUGAUUCACCUAAGAACUGUCGUAAAAAAGAUCGUUAAAUAGGGCAAAACUCACUUAACAAAUGUCUCGGUAACAGAGAUUUUGAACUCAAUUGUGGUCGUAAGUUGAGCACUACUAAUCAGUGUAAGGUUAAAUAUCAAUCCAUUUUGUCCAAUUUCAGCCGUGUCUAUUUGAACAGAAGGUGACAGAACAUCUGAGAUACCUUCUCUUUCAUUUCCAGGAUGAUUACUUAAGAGUUAUAGCUAUGCUCAUUCAAGUGAUCCAAUAUCUCAACCAAUAAACAGUGAGAUGAUAUACUUAAAAUGCUAGAGUGCUAAUGAUUAGAAUUAGGGGGAAUUAUGAAUUAACCCUUUCAAAUACUGAUAUAUUACAACUUGAUCAUAGAUUACCUAAUUUCUGAAUUUAAGGGACAAAUUCUCCAGUUUGACUAUUGGUGCUUCAUAAUGGACUAGACCUUGGUUAAGAUGGGAAAACUUGUAUUUGGUUUUUUGGAACUGCAGUCAUUAAUUCUGUAGAACACAUUACCAUAUCCUUCCCAGUGCUAAUAAAAUGAAGACAAAGUAAAGGUAUACCAGUAGGAUUUCAAUUAUAUGCAUUGUAUAACUGUCACUUCAAAAUAGUUUGUAGUUCUGCAAUAGAAGUUCUACAAUGUUGUUGGACUAAACGCUGCAAACUACACUUACUUUCUCCUUCCUGCUGUUUCCAUUGGGGAAAAAGGCUUGAGAUGCAGCAAAAGCAGAGUUUUGCUGCCUACUGAAAUACUCGUUUCCUUCAUGUGAAUAUACCUUUGGUUCCUGAACUACCUGCUGUGGGUGUCCUGCAAGAGUUUUUGAAAACAAAAUAAGUGUCAUGCUUGCUUAGUGUUUUGCACAAUAAGCUGGAGCUGGGCAACUAUUUUACCAAAUAGAUGCUUCAGAAUCUGCUUGUGCAUAUCUGAAGCAUUUCUACAUUGUGACUUUUAAUCUGGUUGGAAAGCUGCCUGUCUGACCUUGUUUGUACAUUGACGCAGGAAAAGAGAUUUGCCUGUAUUUAUGGCUUGAAAACCUUUCCAAGAAUUCAUAGAACCCUAAAAUAACCCAUGCUAGUUAAAAAAGUAAGCCAUUUGACGAUUUCUUCUUGAACUACAGUACUAUUUUUACUUUGUGCUAACAGUUUCAUCAGGAUGCACAACUCUUCUUCUUAGCAUUGGACGUGUUGAGGCAGAGUGUUAUGUAAGCUGUAUGACCAUAAUUAUUUUCCUGGAGCUAUUUUAAGAAACACGAUGAGGAGGGCAGACAUAAUCACCAUCUUACUGUUACAGGCUUCUACUAUAUGAACUGAAAAAUGCUGCCUCCAGUGUUAAAAAAAGUGUUCCUACUGUUUAUAAAAGAUUAUGUGUAUUUUUGCUUGACCAAUCUCAAGUAAGACUACGCCCUUAUUUGUAUUUUAUUAAAGUUAAAUUUUGAAGAAAAA